AUGCCGACAUUUGAGGAAAUCUACGACGUCCCACAGGUUAACCUGGCACCGCGAGAGACGGAGAGGAAGUCAAUUCUCGAAAGAUUUCCCCCGGAGAUAUUCAUGCGGAUCAUGCUUCACUGUGACUGGAAGCAACAAAUCCUGCUCAGGCGUUGCAACUCCAACAUGUAUGACAUGGUCAAGCUUGAUGCAAUCCCCUGGGAAACAAAGACGGCCAUCUUGCUACAUGAAGAGAAUUACAACCCCAAGAACUUCUCCAAGAAAGUUUCAAGAGGCCAGGAUGGCACUGGUCCAGGCGGCCAAGACUCAGAUUCUGUGUCCUCUUCGGAUGACGAAGGACCGGCGUCUCUGAGCAAGGCCAUCAAGGGGAGGAGGAACCAACGAAGGGAUGCAUCCAAAUCAAAGCAACGAGCAAAGGACAAGUCCCGCCAAGACAACAUCGACAAAUUUGCAUGUUACUCGUGUUUCAAGAUACUCCCGGCGUAUUACUUCGAGGGGAAGCAUCUAGAAAACAACACCAACCGGACGGCCAAAGGCCAGAAGAAGCGCGGGCACAACGCCCAGUCAGACAAGAAAGUCGACACGCGCGUGGAAUACGUGCAGGUCAUCUCAGUCAACCCUAGCCGGCCCCCGGAGUGGCUUGUCAAGGACAGGGCGAAGGUCAGGGCGACAGACGUCGAGUCGUACGUGACGGAGUACAUGAAGAAGGGGGUGAACUGCGACGACCUGCGCCUUUACUACAAGGACAUUUCUUCAGGCACGCAUUGCAUCGCCCCGAUCAGGGGAGUCAACCCAUUCUUCACGGCCUCCUCCUCUGCAACGCCCCCGCGAUGCGAGACGUAUCGCCCUGUCUAUCAGGUCGAGGCCGGCAACACCGCCGGGGCAGGCGUGGACAGCAGUGCCUACACAUACGAGAUCUGCAUCCCGGAGAACUCUUUAAGAGAUGAGGGCCUAGUGGGACGACCACACAUCAGACCAUCCACCAGGAUCUGCCAACCGCAGCAGCAGACCACGUCCGUGGCUUCGGUGGCGGGUCCUGCAGCUCCGGCGCCACAGUUGAAGGAGAUCAUUGCUCUUCGGCGUUUCUGUAUCCUUUGUGGUGCAAAAUACGGGGCCUACAGGAGAGAGUGCAACCGCAAGAUCAUCAGUAAGGUCACUGAGGAAGGGUGGUGGGUCUGCGCUUGCCCCAAGGUCAGGCAGGCAGGUAUUGGCAGGAACUGUCCGGACUGCGGUAAGAGUGUGAUUUACUAG